ACAGGAUGGGAGGUGUAUUUUUCUUGUAUUUCAUUUUUUCACCCUAAUCAAGCCGCUUCCGCCGUCCACCUCCCUCCUCUCCGGCCGGCUCCGAUCUCCCUCUUCUCCGUCGAUCUCACUCUUCUCCGGCCGGAUUCCUAGUCUAUGAUACUGUUUCCUAUCGAUCGCUGUUGCCUUCGCAUACACGUUCGAUUCCCUGACCAUCCGCGACUGCCGGGCUGGUAUUGCGUGCGUGCGUGCUGUUCAAACAUGGCAAAUGAUGAAGAAGUAGUGAAGUCAUUCAAAGAUCUUGGACUAUGUGAUAUGUUGUUAGAGGCUUGUCAUAGUCUAGGUUGGAAACAGCCUUCCAAGAUACUGGUCGAAGCCAUUCCUCAUGGACUUGAAGGGAAGGACCUGAUUGGGAUUGCGCAAACAGGAUCUGGUAAAACUGGAGCUUUCACACUUCCUAUUCUCCAAGCCCUUUUGGAAACUUCUCAACCAUUCUUUGCUUGUGUGCUCUCCCCCACACUGGAACUAGCUAUCCAGAUUGCUGAACAGUUCAAAGCUUUAGGGUCAGGUAUCGGUUUGAAGUGUGCUGUGCUUGUUGGAGGGGUUGACCAUGAGCAACAGAGCAUUGCCCUUGGAAAGCGGCCACAUAAUGUUGUGUCAACUUCUGGUCGGCUCGAGGAUCAUAUGUCCAAUACCAAAGGAUUUUCUCUUCGUACUUUGAAAUACGGGAAGAUUUUCCCCUGUUUUGUAUACAUUCAUUAUGCCUUUCUCCACCGAAGAGCAAUCUUUUAUUUUCCAGUUUACAUACAUCGUGUUGGAAGAACUGCUCGGGCAGGGCGAACUGGUGUUGCAAUCUCACUUAUCAGUCCAAUUGAGGUCGUAUGGUUCUUGCAGAUAGAGAAGCAUAUGGAGAAGCAGAUACCUUUGUUUCCAGCUCAAGAAGAAGAAGCUCUGCUGCUGUUGGAGCGCGUCUCAGAGGCCAAAAGAAUAUCCGAAAUGAAAAUCAAAGAAGAAACAGGUGGCAAGAAGAAGAAAAGAGGAGGAGAUGAGGGUGAGGAAGAAGUUGAGAGAUAUUUGAAAGAAAAAGCAUUUAAGAAGUCAAAGAAAAGAUGAUGUAAGAGCAGCAGUUAAAAGUUUUGUAUUUUUUCCCCCUAUUUUUGGGGUUUAUAUGCUAAAGUCUAUAUAAUUGAGAAAUUCGGAUUGGAUUCGAAUUACUGAAGUUGGAUUUACCGAAUUCGGAUUCGAAUCGGCUUUGAGCGAUUCCGGAUUUGGAUCAGAUCGGUCCAUUGACAGACCUAGUUCUGGGGCAGAUUACUUAGAAUUGUUUUUGCAAAAAAUUCUUGUCUUCAAUUACUCACAAGCUUUAGAUAUCGGAUGAGUCGGGUUUUUCCCGUGGGAACUGAA